GUCGGCGGGUUGGCGCGCGCGAAAGCCGCGCUCGAAGAGGCGCUGUCGUUUCCGACGCGGCACGCGCGCGUGUUCGGCGCCGCGCCGCUUCGCUUACGAACCGGCGUUUUGCUGUACGGCCCGCCCGGGUGCGGAAAGACGCUCCUCGCGCGCGCGGCGAUCGCGUCCGCGGGCCUGCGCGUCGUCGUCGUGAAAGGCCCCGAGCUUCUGAACAAGUACAUCGGCCAGAGCGAGGCUGGCGUUCGCGCGACGUUUCGUCGCGCGGCGGCGGCGGCGCCGUGCGCGCUCUUCUUCGACGAGUUCGACGCGAUCGCGCCCAGGCGCGGGCACGACAGCACCGGGGUCACGGACAGGGUCGUGAACCAGCUGUUGACCGAGCUCGACGGCGUCGAAGCGCUCGUGGGGGUCACCGUGAUCGGCGCGACGUCGCGGCCGGAUCUCGUCGACCCGGCGUUGCUGCGGCCCGGGCGGUUGGACCGGCUCGUGCGCGUGCCGUUCCCGGACCGCGAGGAGCGGCGCGCGAUCCUCGCCGCGGUCGCGAGGGACCUCGCGGUGACCGAGACGGGCGGCGGCGGCGGUGGUGUCGGAGAAAGUAAAGGGUUCACCGGCGCGGAUUUACGCGCGCUCGUGUCCGACGCGUCCAUGCACGCGGUG